CUUUUUGUCAUUUUCAAAUUUCCUUCGAUUCGCUCAUCUCUAGUCCCAACGCUUUCAGGGGACGGAACCCAGAUGACAGAUGCCAGCAUCUGCCGGAUUACAUUGCCGGGGACACUGCAGGAGGGACAUCGCAGGAGCGCAGGACAAGGUAAGUGAUCGAGGGAUCCCGGAGCAGCGCCGCAUGGUAAGCCCGAGUGUAGCUCGGGGUUACCGCUUGUGGUACUGAAACUUUACCCCGAGCUACACUCAGGAUUACCGCCAGGGAGGUUAAUCAUC